AGCACUUUAUUUCACCAGAAUUGAGGCUUUCCGUAUACCAAUACAGCAAUAAUUGCAUAAUUUGCAAUAGAUAGUAAGCUCACUUAGGAAGUGCGUCUAUGAAUGCUUGUAUACUUUGUGUUGACUCGUGAAAACACCAUUUUCAGGAUGUUCUUAAAGAUGCGAUGUUUUUUCAGGUCAGAUGGUGAGGGGCGAUAUGAAGAGCGGAAGCUAGAUUUUAAAGAACACGUUGAAGAACUCUCGUUUAACAUAAAUAUGGCCACUUUAUCUCUGAAGAGAUGUACUUCGCGAAUCCGUACAUUCGUGGUUUUACUUCUUGUGGGUUGUUUGACGAUUAUCUAUCUUAAAAAAAGCACAUUCGUGUCAAUAUCUGCUUCUAUAUCUGAAAUAACGUCUACUCACAAAUCUGAAACAAAGUCUCCUUUCAAACCUGAAACAACGUCCACCGCUGCAUUAAAGGCAACAUUUGCUCGCUUAAGAUCUGACAAAAUUGUUCUUUUGUAUUGGGGAAAGUUUUUUGGUAGUCCACCGACAGUAUUCGUUGGAGUGUGGCCAAAGGGUGAUAAGAAAGGCAAAUGUCCUGUUGCUUGUGAAGUUACAGCUGACCAUGAGCGAGCUAAAGAGGCAAAUGCAAUGAUUAUGAAUUCAAGAGAUCCAUAUCCUCUACCUCCAUUCAAAGAUGUCCCCUGGAUCCUAACGGGUGUUGAAAAUCCUGUUUAUACUCCUGCUCUUUCUGACGGCAACUUUAUGUCACAGUUUCAUUUGCAUAGAAGUUAUCGACUAGAUUCUGAUUUUCCAACACCCCUUUUUAAAAAGCCCAAUUUGAAUCCACCUAUUCCGUUUGAGAAUAAAACAGAUAGAAUAAUGGCUUGUUUUUCCAACUGUGAACCUGUGAGGACAGCGUAUUUAAGGCAUCUCAUGAAACAUGUUCAUGUAGAUUCCUAUGGCGUUUGUUUGCGCAACAAAGAUGGUCUGAUAGAGCGCUAUGGACAUGACUAUAGAAAAGCAAAACGAGAACGUGAAAGAUUAUACAAGUUUGUUAUUGUCUUCUUCAACCAAGAUUGUGAUUACUUUGUUGAUGAAAAAAUUCAAGAUGCAUUUAACGCAGGAGCAGUACCCGUAGUAAUGAGCACGGAUAAAAUAUAUGAAUUUUUGCCAGGAAAUCUUAAAAACGCCAUCAUUAAUGUCAGAGAUUUUAAGUCUCCAAAAGAAUUGGCGGAGCGACUUAAGUUUCUAAUGAAAAACAAGAUCGAAUAUAACAAAUAUCUGGAAUGGAAAAUAAAAGGUUUAGGCCAUAUUACUGACACUGUGAUUGGAAAAUAUUGGGAAAGUAAAUUUACUCAUUGGUGCGAUAUGUGUGUAGCAAUAUCGAAGGGAAAAUGGCACAAAGAAGGUCUUAAACCUGAAUUUUGUAAACGAAGAGAAUAUAAAGACUGGGGUAUUACACCUUAAUCCCAUAGUAGACAUUACAGACUGGUGGAAAAAACUGAAAGAUUUUUUACUGAGAACAUGCAAGCACAAAUUGAUUAACAAAAGCAUCAGAGAACUAUAAGUUGCUUUCCAGUGAAAUGUUUUUUUAAAGAAAUCUAAUUUGAUACACAAAAUAAUGCAUGAGACAUAUAAGACUUGAUAUCUAAAUUUGGCGGAGAUAGUUUUGAGGGCCGUUAUAACAAUUGAAAAGUUAAGACCCAUAAAAGAGCCAGUUUGUAUGGGGCAUUUCUGUGUUUUAUUAUUUAGCCGUUUAACACUGUAAUUUUCCAUGAUUUAUUAAAUAACCAGAAAUCA